CGAAAUAGCAUCACAGUGACACUGAUUGUAAAUAUAACUUGAUGCUGCAAUCGCAGCCAUAAAUGACUCAAACGUUAGGUAUAUAUUUCACCUUCAAUUCGAUGAUUCUUCAUUAACUUUGUUUCGUCUGUUCACUGGAUACGCAUUGAAUAAGAGAUAACCAGUGUUAUACAAAGAUCUCCUGAGAAAUCAAACAUAAAGAAUUACUGACAGGUACUGAGUCAACGAUGGAAAUAAUCAGUGUGAUAAUAUUUUGUGUGAUUUUGUAUGUACUGUGGAAUUACUGUGGGGGCAGUAAUAACAGUAAAAAGUCAUCCCCAUCUUCACGACCCACUGCGACAUGUGGUUCCACAACGACAGGUGCUCAGAAUAAGCUCUACCCAGACCUCAGUCAGCUCCAGAACAACAGCAUUUUCAAUAUGUUUGGUGGUAGUAGUAGCUAUGAUGCGAUCCUGGACAAGUUCAGCACGCUGGAGGAGGUCCAGGCUGCGAUAAGAAAAGCUGGAUUGGAAUCCUGCAAUCUCAUAUUUGGUGUUGAUUACACAGCCAGCAAUUUGCAGCAAGGCAUACUAUCUUUCGGAGGCCGAUCCUUGCAUGACACUCGCUCGGGAACACCUAAUCCCUAUCAGAGAGUCAUCUGUAUUCUCGGAGAGACACUGGAGCCAUUUGACGACGACGGAAUCAUCCCCGCGUUUGGAUUCGGUGACGUUUCCACCAAAGGCCAUGGAGUAUUCCCUUUUAGAAGCGAAGGAUAUUGCAAUGGUUUCCAUGAUGUACUGGAAGCUUACAACCAAAUAACACCAAACGUCCGGAUGAGUGGCCCAACAAACUUUGCUCCCCUCAUACGACAAGCCAUCGACAUCGUGAAGAAAACUAAAUCAUACCACAUCCUGGUAAUCGUAGCCGAUGGUCAGGUGACCAAUGAACAAGACACAAUCAAUGCGAUCGUCGAAGCUUCAAGAUGGCCACUUUCAAUCGUGAUGGUCGGUGUUGGUGAUGGACCGUGGGAUGUCAUGAAAGAAUUUGAUGAUAAAAUUCCAAACAGGAAGUUUGAUAACUUCCAGUUUGUAGAAUUUAACAAUGUGAUGACCUCAUCUAGAAAUCCCCAAGCAGCGUUUGCACUCCAUGCUUUGAUGGAGAUACCUGACCAAUACAAACUCAUACAGAAAAAUGGGCUGCUCAAUUUCUAAUCUGUUUGUAUAACUUGAACUUCUUUGUAUGACUGCUGUGGAACAGACAUAACUGCCUUUUUCGACUGCUGUAUGACUUCUGUGUGACUGUUGUGUGACUGCCGUAUGGCUGUCGUGUGACUGCUGUGUGACUGUCGUGUGACUGUCGUGUGAAUGAGAGUUUGCUACAUUUCAUAUUAAUUUAGGAUCCUUGUACCACUGUAAAUAACUGUAACUAGGAAUCGGAAAGUUUGUUUGACGAACAUGGCGAAAAAUUUAAUCAAACAUUUCUAAAGAGAAAUUCAUAACUAGCAGAACACAAUACAGCCAGUGUAACUAACAGUGCUUCCUGAUGGGCCGAAGGUUGGCCCAGUUCUGCUGCAGUUAUACCCGAACAAAAUUAAGGGGGGGGGGAGGGGAGGGGAGAGGGGGCGGUCUGUUUGUAUGAAACACUACGAUGUACAGUAUAAUUCACUAUUGUUUUGGUCACUGUGGUAAUGGACGUAUCCUAAAAUCAUCCUUACAAGUCUUUUUUGGUAUUAAUUAUCAAUUUCCCAUCAUUUGUCAAUCAAAAGGCGAUCCGUACUGGAAAUAUUACAUGAUAUACAUUAUGUAUGAGAUAAUGUAUCUAUUUUUCAUUGAAUUUUUUUAUCUCCAUUUGUCACUUACUGGUAAUAGUGUAGAAUUUAUAGAUGUUGUUCAUACAUGAUGUUGAUAAAUCAACUUUUUGUACAUUGCAAGGAUUUGCUUUCAUUUUAUCAUGAGUUAUCCUGCAACACAAUUCAAACUCUUAACGAUGAAUUUAUGAGGAGCUGAGACUAAAAAGUCCAAUAUACAACAAGAAAUUUUUGAGGCUAAAAAAUAGUGGAAGGUCAGGAUGGUAAUGUUUCGGAAAAAUCAAAAAUCAUCCCCAGACAGUUUUGUCCAGUGUUGCUCCGCCUGCAUGGGGGACUAUACAUUGGUGUCAGUCUCAAUCUAAUCAUAAAGUACUUUAUGUAUUAAAGAUUUUCAUUAACUCUGCAUUUGAAAUAUAUAAAUACAUUUAAUUAUCAUGCUUCAGAUCUCUCCCAAUUAUCAGACCAAUCUUGUUACCAUGUUUCAGAUCCCUCCCAAUUAUCAGACCAAUUCUUGUUACCAUGUUUCAGAUCCCUAUCAGUUCUUAUUACUGAGGGGUUAGCUCACUUACGCUCUCUGCACAGUGAGUAGAGUAUGUAUACUUAUUUUGUUAUAAAGUUUAAAAUGCCUUAAAAUAAUCCCAAAGAUUUUGUAUACAUACUUCACCUUUACCUGUGAUAUCUGUUAUAUGAAAAAUAUGUUUAAUGAAAUAAAUUUGAUUUCUUA